AAUCAAUACGACGCUUCCAUUAAAUGAGGCGACAUCUCUCUGAUCUCUCUGUCUGUCUGUCUGUCUUUACCUCUCUCCUGGAACGAAAGAGAAACGAGUACCCCUUUGCUUUCUCUCUCUCUACCUCUCUUUCUUACGCUUAACUCGCUGUGUAUUUUUAAGAAGAGAGUAGUCUGUACAGGAUUGUGUCCCCCAUCAACCUCUCUCUCUCCCUCUCUCCACCCCUUCCCCCACUUCCCUCUUUUUCUCUGCAUCCUCAAGCAGUCAAGAGAGAGAGACAAGAGAGAGAGGAAGAAGGAAAAAGGGAGGUAGGAAAAGAGAGAGAGAGGAGGGGAAUGAGUCUGAGGAUCCUCAGCACACUGGUGGCUGACUGGAACACACACACACACACACACACAGUGUUGCAGUGCUACUGAGCUUGGAGGAAGAGCGCUGGAUACGGCUGAUAUCGCUGAGAGAACACACACACACACACACACGUGGAGGUUGUGUGUUUAACAGUCAUCUGUAUCUGUAGUGAGCUCUGUGUGUGUGUGUGUGUGUGUGUGUGUGUGUUUAACACAGUGGAUGUAAACACUCAGUGAUGGAGGUCUCACUGCGUCUCCUUUUCCUGCGCUAAUCUCAGUGGAUUAUCACACAGACGUUGUGGAAUUUUAUGUGUGAAACUUUGUGUGUGUGUGUGUGUGUGUGUGUGCAUGUGUGAGCAUUCGGUAUCUCACUGAUGGAUCCUGCAGGAUUGCUGAUGACUCGAGACGAGGAAAUGUGAAUUAGACGCAGAGGUCAGUCUGUGCGAACUGAACUGACCAAUCAGGGGGCUCGGCAUCAGGAUGGCUCCACCCCCUCCAACCAAUGCUCCACACGUGUGCUUGUCAUGUGUGGUAAUCAUGAGCAGCAUGGUGCUGAUGGACGCGUACCUGGUGGAGCAGAAUCACGGGCCGCGUAAGAUCGGCGUGUUCAUCGUGGUGAGCGUGGGUGACGUGUGCUUCCUCAUCGCGCUGCGCUACAUCGCCGUGUGGGUCGGAACCGAGCUCAGGACCGCAAAGCGUGGAUACGCCAUGAUCCUCUGGUUCCUCUACAUUUUUGUUUUGGAGAUCAAAGUCUACUUCAUCUACCAGAACUACAAAUCAGACCGGAAAAGUCUGGAUGCUCUGACACGUAAAGCUUUAACGCUGCUCCUCUCUGUGUGCGUUCCCAUAUUGUUCAUUAUUCUGGUUGCUGUGGAUCACAUGGAGUAUGUCAGGGCAUUUAGGAAAAAGGAGGAGAUACGGAACCGGCUCUUCUGGGUGGUGGUGGACCUCCUGGACGUUCUGGACAUCCAGGCCAACCUAUGGGAACCGCAGAAGAAAGGCUUCCCACUGUGGGCCGAGGGCUUGAUGUUCUUCUACUGUUACAUCCUGCUGCUCGUGCUGCCGUGUGUUAGCCUGAGUGAGAUUAGCAUGCAGGGUGUCAACAUCAGCCCGCACAAGAUGAUGCUGUACCCCAUCCUGAGCCUCAUCACCAUCAACAUCGUCACCAUCUUCAUCCGAGGAGGAAACAUGCUGCUCUACAGAGACGGCCGUGUCUCGGGGAUCCUCAUGGGGAAGAACGUCUUGGCCAUCUUGAUGAAGACGUGCAGCUUCGUGCAGUACAGAAAGCAGCUGCAGAGCGCUAACCUCAGUGCUAACACUCCUCCUCCUCUUCCUCCUCCUCCUGCUGCUCCUCCUUCAGCAGCCUUCAGUGUUGAGCUUCACAAAAACUCACUGACUCACUGUCGAGAUGUUUCUCAAACACCACUGCCUGAACUCACUGCGUCUGAACACACAUGACACACACACACACACACACACACUGGACUUCUGAUACACUCUGUGCUGUUCUGAUGCUUCUGAUGAUGAUGAUGAUGAAGAACCUUUUAUGGACUGUGGGCCAAAUGUGAUGUUGGUCAUAUCUGAUGGGCAGGGCUUAAACUGUGUAAUGGGCAGGGCUUAAACUGUGUAAUGGGCAGGGCUUAAACUGUGUAAUGGGCAGGGCUUACAUUGGCCAAAGGGUGGAAAUUAAACUUGGCAAUGGGUGGGGCUUAAAUUCUGAGCACUGGUGCUUAUACAGUGAGUGGUUACUAUGGUUACAGAACAUAAAUUUUUUUCCUACUGAUUU